AUGUCGCUGUACUGGGCGGCCAUCACAGUGGCGACGAUUGGCUAUGGCGAUGUGACGCCGACGACGACAGCUACGAAAAUUGUCGGAAGCGGAAGUAUCGGCCCCGCUUUUCAGUACCUGAUCAGUCACGGAGUGGUUGAAGAGAAGUACUACCCUUAUGUUGAUAAUGACAAAGGAAGCUGCAAGGCAUCAUCGCUGUUCUUUCUGCCCUCUUACAAAAUCACCGGCUACGAAGGUUUGCCGACAAACACAAACGACACUGCCAUAAUGGACGCUAUCUUCACCAAGGGGCCAGUGCUGGCGUACAUCUACUCAAACAAUAAAGUGUUUAAAAAUUACAGCGGCGGCAUCAUUCGAAAUCUGUUUCCCAACUCGACGUUCUUUGACCAUGCGAUUGUCAUCGUUGGCUGGGGCACAUCAAGUGACGGAGUUGACUACUGGAUUCUGCGCAACAGUUGGUCGACUAAUUGGGGAGAGCAGGGAUAUGCUCGAUUGGAGCGUCAUCACGGCCUGAUUGGCAUCAAUCAGUACGUCUAUUACGUUAAAAUGUAA